AUGAUAAGAGCUUACGCUCAAAGUGAUCGACGUGGGUGGGAUGUAAAACUUCCUCAAUUGGCUUUUGCUCUGAGGACGGCGAUAAACGAUAGCACUGGAGAAUCUCCUGCCUUCUUGAUGUUCGGUCGCGAACCCCGUUUACCGAUAGAUGUACUAUUUGGUUCAAUAAAUCCAUCUGACGAUCAUCCAGCCAAUGAUCGAGAUAUUCGGGUUUAUCGUGAUCGACUUACAGCUAACCUUUUACCAGCAUUUAAUUUUGUACGAGAGCAUCUCGAAAUCACACAACAAAAUCAGCGUUCAUCCUACGACAGACAUUGUAGAGAUGUGCAUUUUGAGUUGGGCGAUCUUGUGAUGAUGGCUGCCACACGGGCACUCUCACAUCAAGAAAUGGUAUGGAACCGUCGUCGUCUUCUAGUUCGAAAGAUGAUUCUAUAUAACACCGAGAAAUCGAGUGCAGCUGCUGCUCUGGAGUAUAGCACUACGAAUAGUGCUCCUGACUUUCACGCACGUGUUUUAAUAACAACAGAUUUACUACCAGAUGGUAUUCCUGUAGCCCAAGUUUCAUUGGUUAUCAAUUAUGAGUUGCCAAAUGAGCGUGAAAAAUACAUCCAUCGUAUCGGCCGUAGUGGACGUUUUGGACGAAAAGGUCUUGCAGUUAAUUUUAUUACUAAUGAAGAUCUUGGAACACUUCAUAAAAUCGAACAAUUUUACAAUACACACGUUGAAGAAAUGCCGAUGGAUUUUCAGAUUUAA